GCCAUUACGUCUGCUGCGUACAGAUCGUUGCCGUGUUGCUGCAAGGCAGGCAGCUGCAGAGAGAGAUCAGGGAACGCUGACAACAACGGACAGAUUCAUGUUCAAGUCAGAAACGCAACAUUUCCCCCCUCUCUGAUACACGCAUUUUCCACGUCUACCCUCAUUCCCGUUCCUGUUUUACGUCUUUUCUCACGACCUGAAAUGACUGCUGGGCGCCGCGUCUAGCCAAUGCUUACUGCGGGGGAUCCUGCUCUGUGGAUUAUCCGUCGUCGCCGAGGCAGUCGCAUGGUCGAGCCCGGAGGAGGCCCUUCUCUGCUGGAUGGAUGUGUGUGAAGCACCGCCGAGCUCCGAGUGCUGAUGAAGACGGAGAUAACGACGAUGAUGAUGCUCGGCUUUCAUCGGCGCUGCGUGAACUGAUCUUGGAUGUUCGGGCUACGUCGCCCCUACAUUUUCUCACACAGCAACACUUAAAUUCUUUAAAAACUGGACGCCCCUGGAGCAGUUUAUGACGACCCUGGUAGGAGCGUGAUGAGCGCGCGCUUCCGCUUGCCUGCUGGCAGAUCCUACAAUGUCCGGGCGACGGAGCUGGAGCGAGACAGACAGCACACACAAGUUGUGUGCAACGUACUGCUGCUGGACAACACUGUGCAGGCAUUCAAGGUCAACAUGAUGUGGUCCUCCUUGCUUCAUCCAGUUCUGACCUUCAGCUCUUGCUGGAAGUCGGAUCACGGCCAAGUUCUGCUGGACGUCGUCUUUAAGCACCUGGAGCUGACCGAGAGAGACUACUUUGGGCUGCACUUGGCUGAUGACGCCUACGAUUCACCACGCUGGCUGGAUCCCAGCAAGCCCAUCAGGAAACAGUUAAAAAGAGGGUCUCCACACAGCUUGAGCUUCAGAGUCAAAUUUUUUGUGACCGACCCGAGUAAACUUCAGGAAGAAUACACGCGGUACCAAUAUUUCCUUCAGAUUAAACAAGAUUUGAUAACUGGAAGAUUACCUUGUCCUCACAACACGGCUGCACUGCUGGCGUCCUAUGCUGUUCAGUCUGAGCUGGGAGACUACAAUGAAACCGAGCAUUCUUCUGGUUAUUUGUCUGAUUACUGCUUCAUCCCCAACCCCCCCGAAGACUUCCACAAAGAGGUUUCCAAACAUCACCAGCAGCACAGCGGUCUAUCUCCUGCCCAGGCAGAGUUUAAUUAUCUGAACACAGCACGCACGCUGGAGCUCUACGGGGUAGAGCUGCACUAUGCAAGGGACCAGAGUAACACAGAGAUUCUGAUCGGGGUGAUGUCCGCUGGCAUUGUGAUUUACAAGAACAGGGUACGGAUCAACUACUUCCCAUGGUUGAAAAUAGUGAAAAUCUCCUUCAAGUGCAAACAGUUUUUCAUCCAGCUGAGAAGAGAAGCGGCGGAUACCCGCGAGACGCUGCUGGGUUUCAACAUGGUCAACUACCGGGCCUGUAAGAACCUGUGGAAGGCCUGCGUGGAGCACCACACCUUCUUCAGGCUGGAGAGACCCAUCCCCCCUCAGAAAAACUUCUUUGCUCACUACUUCAGCCUAGGCUCAAAGUUCAGAUACUGUGGGCGGACAGAAGUGCAGUCUGUCCAGUAUGGAAAGGAGAAAGGGAUCAAGGACAGAGUUUUUGCCAGCAGGUCUCCUAGCAAGCCAUUGGCUCGGAAGUUGGUGGGCGGGACCGACUGGGAGUCUGUAAGCAGGAACAGCCUAUCGGAUGAGAGACUGGAGACCCAAAGCCUGCCCACGCGCUCGCCACCUGGAACACCCAAUCAGAACUCGCUGUUUAUACAAGAAGGCACUCGAAUACGCCCGUCAUCAGUUGGCCACCUGGUUGAUCAUGUGAUCCACGUUUCUCCCAGCCUACCGGUCUUCUCCACCAAUCAUAAAUCAGCAUCGUCCACGCAGGCCAACAGCAUCAGCCUGGACUCUACACCGUCUCCAGAUGGGGUAGAUGGCCAACCUCCAGCUCUGCCCCCGAAGCAGCUGAGCAGGAAGACCCUGAGCCAGAUCAUCCAGGCCCACUCCCAGCAGAGCCUGCUGGACAACCACCUCAACGAGAUGUACGACGUUCCCGUCAACGCUGAUAAAACCACGCUCAACGGGGUGGUGCCACAUGAUAAUCUGGUGCUGAUCAAGAUGAGACCCGACGAACAUGGACGCUUUGGUUUCAACGUCAAGGGUGGAGCUGACCAGAAGAUGCCCAUCGUUGUGUCUAGAGUGGCUCCAGGAACCUCGGCUGACCUCUGCGUGCCUCGCCUUAACGAAGGGGACCAAGUGGUCCUAAUCAAUGGGCGGGACAUCUCUGACCACACCCACGACCAGGUGGUCAUGUUCAUCAAGGCCAGCUGCGAGAGCCACUCGGGAGAGCUCAUCUUAUUGGUCAGACCAAACACCAUUUAUGAUGUGGUGGAGGAGAAGGUGGACUCUGAGCCUGAAUUCCAGUAUAUCCCCGAGAAGUGCCCCCAGGAUCCAGCCCAGCUCGACCAGCACGCUUUGAGGGACUCCAUGAUCACCUUGAAGGAAGGACUGAGCAGCGGAGCCAUUCUGGCUCAGUUUGAUCAACUGUACAGGAAGAGGCCGGGGAUGACGAUGCUGUGUGCCAAAUUACCUCAAAACAUUUCCAAAAAUCGCUACAGAGACAUCUCUCCUUAUGAUGCCACGCGGGUCACGUUGAAAAGCACAGACGACUACAUUAACGCAAAUUACAUCAAUAUGGAGAUUCCUGCCUCCAGUCUGAUAAAUCGCUACAUAGCGUGCCAGGGCCCGCUGCCCAACACCUGCCCUGACUUCUGGAGAAUGACCUGGGAGCAGAGCUCAUCCAUGGUGGUCAUGCUGACUACGCAGGUUGAGAGAGGGCGGGUCAAGUGUCACCAGUACUGGCCUAACCCGGACAACAGCGCCACCUACGGAGACUUCACAGUCACGUGCCACAACGAAGAGGGCAACUCGGCCUACCUGGUCCGGGAGAUGACCCUCAUUUACUCACAGAGCGACCAGCAGAGAGAGCUUACGCAGCUUCAGUACCUGGCAUGGCCAGACCACGGUGUUCCCGAUGACUCCACUGACUUCUUGGACUUUGUGGCUCUGGUGCGGAGCAAACGGGCCGGACAGGACCAGCCGAUGGUCGUGCACUGCAGUGCUGGGAUUGGCCGGACAGGGGUCCUAAUCACCAUGGAGACGGCCUUGUGUCUAAUGGAGUGCGGUCAGCCUGUGUAUCCUCUAGAUAUAGUCCGGACCAUGAGAGAUCAGAGAGCCAUGAUGAUCCAAACACCUAGCCAGUAUCGCUUUGUGUGCGAGGCGAUCCUGAGAGUGUACGAGGAAGGCUUAUUCAAACCGCACAACACCGCUGUCUACCAGCAGAGAGAGAAGCGGGGUGAUGAGAAGGACGAGGAGGAGCAGCAGACAGCAGGAGAAGAUGGAGAAGAGACGGCAGCGGCGGAGGAAGAGGAAGCAUCGUCCGUGGUGGACAUGCUGGAGGAAGGACUGGAUGAAGAGGAUGAUGACGAUGAGGAAGUGGAGGUGUUGGAUGUGGGAGAAGUAACAGAGGAAGAGGAGGAGGAGGAGCCUAGCAUUGCGAGUGCCACCAGCAUGACGAGUGAGACCAGCGCGAACCCUGAACCCGACCCAGAUCUUGAUCCUAAACCUGAACCGCCUCCUGCCGACGUCUGACCUCACAUCUGUCGUCAGGGGUAACCAGGAAGAGAAAACAAAAGCACUGUUGCACUUUACACUGACACAAAAACGAUAAAAGGACGAACAUGAAAACGCUGAACAGGAUCAAGUCAAAACACGAGAGCUCCAGCUGUUGAAUAGGUACUAUUAUGGGGUGUUGUACGAUCAGGGUAAGGAGUAAAAAAACAAAGUAAGAAGUACAAGAGAAUUAAAAUGUGGAUGGGGAAUCGCUGCAGUGCCAUAAAUAUGAAGGGGAGGAGCUGCUUCCUCGCCCCUCUUUUUUUUUUUUUUUUUUUUUUUUACCCAACGGGUCGCCCUGUCCCCUUCUGAGCGAGUCUGCCACACGGACCUGCCUUUUUAGUGUCCUUUUAGCUGAUAAAGUAAAAGAUCUUAUGUUUUGUUCCUCAGAAAGAGUAUUUAUUGUGUUUUAGUUUGUGUCCGACCCUGUCCACUGAACAAAAAAGAUGAAAAGCUGUAUGUUUUGUUUGUUUGUACGAGUCUUGAGCUUCAUGCUUUCCUGAUUAAAUCUUAGGUAGUCAAACAGUGUUACUUCUCUUCUACUUUUUCUUUUAAUUUUGUUUUAUGUGGGGGAAAAACAACAUUGAUCCUAUCUGGUUUGACCUUUCUCCUUUUCCCGUCUACGUUUCCGACAGAGCGCACCGACUGGCGGACAGCUGCAAGCACCUUCUCACCUCUUGUUCAGUGCUGUGAACAGCUGGCUGCUUUCUCCGUCUUUGUCCUCACAAUCACGCAAACAUCCAUCCUGGUGCGGCGAUCGACAUGUGCAGUCCUUAAGGCUGUCGUUCCACUUUUGCAAACGAUUCAGUUAUUAAGCGCAGUUUAUCACGACGGAACUGAGAAACACACAGCUUGGCUCUAAUCUAAAGGCUGAGAUCAGCUUGGUUGUAUUCCCAGACACUCCCUGCUGGGGUGUCUUUGAGCCAGAUAACCGCAAAACUCGGCCUCGUGUGAGAAAUCCUCUUCUAAUUAGUGUGAUUCUACGUUGAUCUGUUUUAUAUUUUGCAAUCCAAAUCAUCAUCUUUGCAUGAGUCACUGUGGCGGCAUUUUGAGGGUAGAUGAUCAGAAGUUUGUUUCUUUCCAUGAAUUAAUCAAAACUGAUCUUAAACUUUAAAGCUUCAUCCGUUGAUCCAGGUUAUGCGUAAAAAUUCCCACUAAGUUGGAUUUAUUUGCCAGGAAACUAGUUUGUGUUUCCUCAGCAUCGUAUCCGCUUCGCCGCGUUGGUACCCGUCGGUUCUGCUGGAAAUCCCUCCUGCUGUGUGUGCGUGAGCGGAUGUGAACUCUACCUCCAGUUUUCCUUUUCUCAGCAACACGUGUUUAAUUUUAGUUGUUUGAUUUAAAACCUGCUUGUCUGUAAACUGGAAUGAAAGCUCGUGCCACAAAAAGGUCCUUUUCUUGCCACUCUGCACAGAAGUGCUACUUUGCUUUCCUUUUAUUUACCUUCUUAAUCUUUUUGUCCUAUUGUGUCACGCUUCUUAAAUAAGCCCAACAUCCUUCAGUCAUCUCUCCACAGCCCACACGUCCAUUCCCUUCAUUAUCUUUCCCACUAAUGCCUCUGUUUUGGAUCCGUGCACAUGGAUCCCACUCUCGGUGCAUGGCCCGCAGGCAAAUGACACAUCCAAGCGGGAGUGUCAUGGGUACAAAAGCACAGCUUGUUUUUAAACUGAGCCUAAUUAGUCAGCAACUAACGGGUUUUUAAUUAGUUUGGGCUGGCAAAUUCAAAUAAAGGCGACGUGCAGAUUUAACGUGUGAUAAUCGAAGGUACACAAAUCAAAUGAGCAAAUGCAGAAAGUAAAUCUUAAUUUAAAAAAUUGCCCCUGCAAUGAAAGUGAGUCUCCAUCUGCACUCUGCAUGCUAAAACGUUUUGCUGUUGAUGCAGAAUUGGUACGGUUUAGGGUAUUGAUCGACAGUAGAAGGGGCUCCGAUGUGGAUUUGCUGUAUUUUUAAUGUGUAUAAGUAUCGUUUUAAAUUUGGUAGGGAAAGGACAGCACUUUGUCAACGACCGAGCAGCAGGUGGUUCUACUGAAGAUGACAACACAAGUAAAUUUAGGGACAUAGAGCAUUGUUUUAUUUUUAACUUAUCAUUUGUGUUUUUGGGGGGAAACGAUACAUCUGUAAAGAACAAAGAAAACAACUCCUAAUUACACAGUGCCACUUGUUCAUUUUGUGUAAAUAAUACUAGACCUUGUAAAUAUAAUGUUGUAUAUGAAAAAAAAUCUUUAAAAUAAAAGGGAAAAUCAUUUGUGAGCAGAAA